CUGAUGCAUUGGAUGGUUAAAGGUUAUAUAUAGCUUCUUGGCUCUCACAAACAAACAACAGUUAAUAGAGAAAAUCAUAAUUGAACAGAGAAAAGAUAGUCCAGCAUAUAUCAUGGAGAACUCUGGAGUGAUGAAAGGAGGAGAUGGUCCAGAUAGCUAUUUCAGGAACUCCAAGAUGCAGGGGAAUGCCAUAGACCAGAUUAAGAGCCUGCUGAUUGAUGGAAUUGUGGAUUCACUUGAAUUGCAGAAAGAGUUGCAGGUCUUCUCCGUAGCUGAUUUGGGAUGUUCUGUUGGUCCUAACACUUUUAAAUCUGUGAAUUCCAUAGUGGAAGCAGUGAAGCGCAAGUGUGGAACAGGGGUCCCUGUCCCUGAAUUCCAUAUCUUCUUCAAUGAUUUAGUUAACAAUGAUUUCAAUACAUUGUUCAAAGCGCUUCCUUGCGACAGACAAUACAUGGCGGCUGGAGUUCCCGGAUCCUUUUACGGUCGUCUGUUUCCAAAAUCAUCGAUCAACCUGAUGAAUUCGAGUUUCUCACUUCAUUGGCUGAGAAAAGUCCCUGAGGAUGUUGAGAAAAGGGACACUCCAUUUUGGAACAAAGGGAGAAUCACGUACGCGAGGAGUUCUGCUCAAGUUGUCGAAGCUUUUCGAUCUCAAUUUUACAAUGACAUGAAAGAUUUCCUCAAUGCGAGAUCGGAAGAACUUGCACCCGGAGGAAUAUUAACAAUACUGAUGCCUUGUAGGCCUCAGGGGACUUCGCCUUCCGAGUCGAUUGGCAUACAAUUCCCUGAGUAUUUAGCAGAUGCACUUGCAGAUAUGGCAAACGAGGGAAUAAUAAGUGAAGAUGUUAUCGACUCAUUCAAUUUGCCCCUCUACUUUCCAUCGGCCUCUGAAAUGAAGGAAAUCGCAACUUCAUGUAACAACCACUUGAGCAUUGAAAAGCUAGUUUACCAUCCAACUCCCAUAAGUUUGGCAAACUUUGAUAAGAAUGUGAAUUGCUCCCAUGUGAGAGCUGCAGUGGAACCUGCCUUGUGCCAACAUUUCAGUCCCCAGGUUGUUGAUGAAAUCUUCAAAAGAUAUCCUGACAAGCUUGAGAAUUUCGUGAAAACACCCCAUUUUUCUGAACUACUUGAGACCGGUGGAAACCUGUUCGUGCUGCUCAAGCGCAGUGGCGCUCCAUAG